AUGCGGGGUGUGGAAACCUCAUGGAAAGCCAGCAAAACCUCAAAGGAUGGUUCACGCUGGUGUACGCGAAGAAGGUGCGCAUCGGCGUGUGUACGUAAGAGGGAGGAGAGGGAAGUUGUCCGUCCAUGGGUGGGGGUUGACCUCUUUUUGUUUCCGAAUUCUGAUAAACAUCUACUCAUCUUGUGAUUUUAUUUUCCGUUUUUUUCUCGCACCAUGGUUGUCUCUUCUUCGUUGAUAGAGCGUAUCAGGGCGGAAUCUGAGGGAGGUUGCGACAAUCUGUACUUCUGGCCAAAGGCCUCUUAAAAUAAUUCUCGAAAAAUACUACCUGAAAGUAUCUUAAUAAUUUUCUUCUUUUCCCGUCUGUUUAUUCCUAUCGCAAUUAGCUAAUUUUAAAGAGUACAUCGGUAGA